UGAGACAUCUCUGCUCUGCCUGGUCUGUAGGAAACUACUGUCUCUGACUCCACACUGGACUCUGCUGCCGACGUGCACGUUGGGGAUAAAUAUUGGUGACGCACUAAGGCUGUGCUGUAAUCUGGCAGUGAGUUGAAGCAGCUGCGCGUCAACCACACCCAUGGCGGACAACAGCAUUCCAAGCUUUAAGGCAGCUGACCUGGUUAUCCAGCUGUUAUCCAGCUCUACUCGAGAGAUCAAACCAGAUGUGUCUACCUUUGGAACCUGCUUCACUGAACACAUGCUGACCAUAGAGUGGAGCGCGGCUGAGGGUUGGCAGGCUCCGCUCAUCAAGCCCUUUGAGAACCUGUCGCUCCACCCAGCAUGUUCCUCACUGCACUACGGCAUCCAGCUGUUUGAGGGAUUGAAGGUGUACCGUGGCGAUGACAACCGACUGCGCAUCUUCAGGCCGAUGCUCAACAUGCAACGCAUGUCCAACUCCGCCAAAAGAGCCUGUCUGCCCGCUUUUGACCAGUCAGAGUUGCUGGAGUGCAUCAGGCGACUGGUAGAGAUUGAGCAGGACUGGGUUCCUCCCUCCAGCCUGGCCAGUCUGUACAUUAGACCAACAUUUAUCAGCACUGAGCCCUCUCUGGGUGUAAAGAAGCCGACCCGUGCUUUGCUGUAUGUGAUCUUGUCUCAUGGUCGCCCCUACUUCAACAAUGAGGGGGGGGCCAUCUCCUUGUGGGCUGACCCAAAGUACAUACGGGCCUGGAUAGGAGGAACCGGAGACUGCAAGAUGGGAGGGAACUAUGGGUGUAGCCUGUUAGCCCAGUACGAAGCAGUGGAUUAUGGGUGUCAGCAGGUGCUGUGGCUGUAUGGAGAGGACCACAAGAUCACCGAGGCAGGAACCAUGAACAUCUUUCUGCACUGGAUCAAUGAGGACGGGGAGGAAGAGCUUUCAACUCCGCCUCUUGAUGGCCUCAUCCUCCCAGGCGUAACCCGACAGAGCAUCCUGGACAUAACCAGGAAAUGGGACGAGUUUAAGGUGACGGAGUGCUACCUGACCAUGGCCCAGCUGUGCUCUGCCCUGAAGCAGCAGCGGGUCAAAGAAUUUUUUGGCUCCGGCACUGCCUGCAUGAUCUGCCCUGUAGGACACAUUGUUUACCAGGGGGAGAACCUGCACAUCCCCUAUCAGACUGAAAGCUCACUGUUGACUUCAAGGAUAACAAAGGAACUUGAAGAUAUAAAGUUUGGCCGGACAAACAGUGACUGGACUUUCCUGGUGUAGCAGUGACAAAGGAGCCUGGCAAACACACGUGCUGGCAAACUACCAGCAUGUGUACAGAAACACAUAUGGUUAUGUAACAACCAAAGAGAGACAGUAAUAAGCAAACAAUGUUGGUGCAACAUUUGUAGUGUCGCUGCAACAUUCUGAGGAGCCCCAGUUGUAGCCCAAAUGUCUCCGCAGUAUGUCACACAACUUUAUCUCCUUUUAAACUUAAAUUAACGACAAAAACAACACAACUGUCACAACAAUAAUCAACCAAAGCAGGGACGAUUCUCAUGCAACACUGCACAAUAACUUACAGAGACUUGUCCUGCUGCUUUUCGCCUCAUUUUCCAACCAACAUCCAGGAACAUAGCUGAAACAACAUGAGAAAGACAGAUAACAAAACAUGCAAAGAUAUUAAGAGUUACAGAGGAUUUCAUUUUACUUGUCUCAGAGUUACAAAACAACUACAGAGGGACUGUCAUAGUUUUUUUACGGAUAAAAAUGUAUUUAAGGCAAUUUUAUAAAGUGUGUUAAGAGGUCGAUUUAAAUUUUAAGUUGAUACUUUGUACUGCACCUUAGUCACUUUGCUUCAUAUCACUCUGCAGUUUUCAUAAUCUUAUCCAUCCAUGGUCAUUUCUUAUUACUUUUUUGGUGAUGGUGUGAUUUGCAUUUGAUCUAUAAUCAAAGCCUACUUAAAUGAAGGCUGGGAAGAUAUGUUGACUAAUAGAAUGCAGAAUGAAGAUUAUAGCAAUACUUUACUACUAAUGCACUCAUCUUGGGUUAUUUCUGGAUAUUUACUGUCUGUAUGUAUAAACAUAUAGUGUGUGUACCUCUUUAUAUGCAGUCUAUGGUGUGUACAUAUUCGUAUCCACAUCUCAGGUCCUGUGAAUGAACAAAUAUGCACAUAUGUAUGUAUCUGUAUAUCUCCUUCAUAAUGAAUGUAGAAGGGGGAAAAGAUAACCCAAUAAAAAGCCCAUAUAUCUUG